AUGAAAGUUUAUCGUGCUGAAACGGGAAAGCAAAUUAUAAUCCAUACAGCUAUUAAUAGCUUGGAUAGUUUAAAAUAUGAACUUGAAAGAGCGACUGGCGUCUUAGCUACCUCUCAAAUUUUAAUGACAGGUUCCGGAUUACAACUCAAAGCCGAAAUGAUUAACGAUAUGCUUCGAACUUCGAACAAUGACAAGCAAAAAAUAUAUCUCUUUAAUAGAGAUAUUCUUGAUUCCAGAAAUCCGAAUAACGCAAGGGACAUAAAUUCUCUAAUCGAAGGUAUCACACUGGAACCACCUAUAACUGCAUCUCCUGAGUUAUCAUCUUUAAAAGUUCAUUUAAACACUUCCGAUGCACUUGGUGCUAUCAAUUUUUUCCAAAUGAAUCACUCCCAAGGACAGUCAAUAUUGACAACGGCAAAAUAUCAUUCUGAAAUAUGCGAACGAUUAUUUCAAGAACAAAAGAAUCAGCUAAUGGCAAUCGUAGUCGCCUUGACGAACCUUAGCGCUCAUUUGGUUGAGGCUCAUGAAGCAUUUUAUAAAUUUGCAGAGAAAGAAAUAUCAUCACAGGAAAUAUCAUUACAAAGUUUUCCUACGUGUUUAGAAACACUCCGACAUAUCAAAAUACAUCCCGAAAUUUUAAAUUCUUCGGGAGUUGUUUCAAAUAAAGAUUCACAUUCAUUAGCCGACUACGUGUCUCAAGAACAACAACUUUUAACAUUAGCUCGUAAGGGAUUAGAAGAGUAUGAACAACUUUCCAAGAGAGUAAUUGAGUUAAGCGACACGAUUCGAUCCAUCAAAUUGGAUACUGAAGAAUUAAUAAAGAAGAGAUUUGAUAACGAAAUGGAAAAUUCAAUGAAUAACAAUCGAACAUAUUGCGAUAAGAUUCAACAAAUAAGUGAGAAACUGGAAAGAGAUAUUACACGAGUUCAAACAAAGAUGACUGAAGCACUGCAUUCAAAAGUUGUUUCAAAAACGAAAAUUUUUGAAGCGAUUGAAAAUCUUGCCAGUUAUCAGUUAAAAGAUUACCUUCCCGAAAUUCAAAAAUAUGAUGAGUAUAUACGUGAAAGAAUCAGAUAUUUUAUGAAAUGCAAGAGUAACAUGACAAAAAAUUUAAUAAGUAAUCUUCAAGAAAUCUCGCGUCUUGAAUCUGCGAUUUCUGGUAUACCGAACAUAAUGAGCCUACUUGAUUCUGAAAUUCGAUCUAAAGGACAGAAAUAUUUAUCUUUACAUCAAGUUCAUCAAAUGCCUAUUGCUUAUGCUAUCACACUCGUUGAGAUCGUGAGAAGAAAGGAAUUCAUUAAACUUUUGUUAUCAAAAUCUCAACAAUUUGCAGAGGUAAUGUCUGAAGUCCGUAAUUUUGAGCAAAGACGACGUGAUAACUAUCGUUUGGAAAUUAAAAAAUAUGUUCCAAUAGAUAUUCCAGCUUUGGAUGAUAGUCCACCUAUUUGCGAAGUAACUACUGUGAACAGUGACAAUCGUUUACCAUCCUUUUCUAAAGAUGACAUACAAUCAUUUUUGAAUAUGAUAAUUCAAAUACGUCCAUUAGUGAUGUCACAGGCAUCUUUUCUUCGGUCGUCAAACAUUCUUUCAACAAAAACACGACAACAACUUCCACCCAUUGAUCCAUUAUCCACGUUACAAUCUAAAUUAAUCCAAUUACUUGGACAAAUUGAUUCUAUGAAUGUAGAAUUUGAGAAUAAUAUACACGAGAGUUACGCGAUGGAUAGAAACUUUAAAGAAGAUAUGAAUCCGUCAAGUAACUCGAAAAAACCAUCAUUUUUGCGACUUUUAUCUAAGUCAUCAAUUCCUGAUGAAAGUAAAACAAAAUUAGCAUCAAAUACUGAAAUUAUGUACAUCGAAAAAACAAAAGAAUUAGAAAAAGCGAAUGAAAAAUUACUUGCUUAUGAAUCUCGCAUUAAAAGUCUCGAAAAUUUACUUGAAACAAAUUUUAAGGCUUCAAAAGCUUCUGAACUUUCGAAUCCUGACUUGAUAGUGCAUGAAUCAUCACAAGCUUUCGAAAAAGGAAAAUUUGAAAAUAUUUCUAUAAAUUUUAUUAAAGAACAGGAAAAUUUAAAAUCCGAAUGGGAAUCUAAACACUCGGCGUUAGUAACCCAAAUGAAGGUGUUGGAAAAUGAGCUUGAAGCACGAAAGAAAGAAUUGGAAACUACCAACACUGAGUUAGACUCAAAGAAAAAUGAAUUAGACGUUACCAUUGCUAAAUUAGACACACAAAAUAAAAAAUUAGAGGCUAAAAAUGCCGAACUAGACGUACGUAACCAAGAAUGGGAGGCUACAAAUGCUGAGUUAAUUGCUCGAAUUAAAGAAUUGGAGGCUUAUAAUACCGGAAUAGGCGAUCAAAAGAAAGAAAUUGAAACUUCAAAUGCUAACUUAAACGUACGAAACCAAGAAUUAGAGUCUUUAAAUAAAGAAUUAACUACACGAAUUAAAAAUCUAGAAUCUUCAAAUGCCGAGUUAACUGCUCGAACUAAAGAAUUAGAGGCCUCUAACACCAAAAUAGAUGAUCAGAAAAAAGAAUUAGAGACCUCGAAUACUAAAAUAGAUGAUCAGAAGAAAGAAUUGGAGGCUUCAAAUUACAAGUUAGCUUCACAAAUUAAAGAAUUAGAAGCUUCUAAUGUCAAGCUAACUUCACAAAUUAAGGAAUCGGAAGCUGUCAAUGCCCAGUUAGCUGCACAAAAGAAGGUGUUUGCGGAUUCAACUGUUGAAUUAGAUGCGCAAAUGAAGAAAUUAAAUGCUUCCAAUGCUGAAUUAGCAGCCCAAAUGAAGAAAAUAAAGGCCUCUAAUUCUGAGUUAGCAGCCUACAAGAAGGAUUUGAAGGUUUCCAAUGCAGAGUUGGAUUCUAAAAUUAAAAAAGUCGAAGAUUUGAAUGCUGGGUUGAUGGCUGACAAAGAAAAAUUGGAGGCGAAAUGUUCCGAGAUAACAAUGAAAAAAAAUGAAUUGGAAAAUCAAUUGAUGCAGGACAUUAAAGGAUGGAAAGAUCAAUUUGGAAGGAUGUUCACUGCACACGAAGAAUCACAACGUGAUCUUGAUAGGUUACGUGAAAAAAUCAAAAAUUUAGAACAAGAACGAAACGAAUUCACUCGUAUCCUUAGUAAGGAGCUUUGGAAUUACUUCCAUAAUACCAGAACUCUAAUGAGGGAUCUAGAAUUACCGAUGCCUGUUACAUCCGACCGACAAAAUUUCAUUUCUUUGACACCAAUAGAUGAUGACCAAACGAAAGCAACAGAAUCAAAUUUGUCAGACAGUUAUCAUGUUGAUGACUUAGAUAAAUUUUUCGCAUCUGAUUUUGCAGAUGAACAAAUUUGGCCAAAAGAUCGAUACGAAACUUUGGUCACUCUCACAUCUAAAGUUAAUCUUGCUAAAAUCAAUGGUAUGAUUAGGAAAAUGCCCGCUGAUGCGAAAGCACUAGCUGCAAAAGAAAAAAAAUCGAAAAAACAAUAUAAGGAAAAAUACGAGAAAAUCAGUCAAGACUCGAAAGAAAAACUUACCUUUAAGAAUUUCAAAGUCGGGGACCUCGCUCUUUUCUUACCUACACGUUUUAAUAAUAACUGGUCCGCAUUUAAUGUCAAGAAUCACUUCUUACGAGUUACAGAUAAAAUCUCGGAACGAUUAAAUAGAGAUCACAUAGUUGCCCAAAUCACUGAGAUCACAGAAUAUAUAGCCAAUAAUGAAAAUCCAUUCGGUUUAACUAAUGGAAUAAAAUACUAUUUAUUAGACGUGGAGAUUGCAAGUCAAGGUCACAGUAUUCGCCGUCAUUCACGUUCAGGCUCUCAGCCCUAUUCACCUAGAUCAGAAAUUUCAAAUAUCGACAUUCGUUCCUCAACAUCAAAACUAAAUUACAGUUACGAAGGCCCUUCAACAACAAAACAAACAAAUAAUUAUGGAAGUUCUUCAAAACUUAAUAACGAUCACAUACCAAUUAGUUCGUCCCCAAGUCACGAACAAGUAUGUUCAAAUUCUGAACAAAAUCCCAACAGCCCAACAAUGAAAGUGAGUUGGGCUUCAUACUUAAUGAUGGCCUAA